GUCACCAGCAAGCAAGCAAUAGUGUGAGGGGUCAGAAAGGGCACGGUGUUCUGGGGCAGGGACCAGCGAGGUAUGACCGGACAACAAUGGUCCGGGCCUGUGAGGAGCUGUUGAGACUUGGAAGGAGGGCCCAUCCGCUGGGGUGAAGGAGAGAAAGUGGCACAGGGAAUUCUGAGUCCGAGGUCCGUCGCUGACUUCUGUGGGGAGCCUGGGCAAGUCCCUUCCCCAGACUGGGCCUCUGCAUUCCUGUCUGGAAAAGAUGGUUUGUGUGAGAAGCCCAUGAUUUCUCCAGGGACCAUCGGCUUUACUAUCUUGGAUUCUACACUCUCAUCUGACCCAACCCACCACCGUGCGAAGCAUGCAUGCAGGAACUUGACCCAUUUUACAGCGAGGACGCUACGGCCCGGUGAGGAGCAGUGACUUGCCCACCACCACACAGCCACUUAGGAGCAAAGCCUGAUUCCAGCAGCACCCAACGCUCAGCCUGGCAUUUGGGAGAUCAGCCUCAGGCUGGGCAAGCUUAAGCAAAGUGAGAGGCGCUCGGUCUCCGGUUCAGGAAGCAGGCGCUGCAGGGGACGGAAGGGUCGGAGCCCAAGCCGCGUGAGGCCAAAUAGCUGGGCGGAGGCGCCCGAAGCCAGCCUGGGGAGAGAUGCGGACAGAAGCCGAGGCCCAGAAAAGGGAAGUCACAUGCCCUAAGUCACACAGGUAGCAGCUGAACCAAGACAGCUCCUCGGGUUUCCAUUUCCUUCGCUGUAAGCUGAAGGCGGUUAACUAGAGGUUAGACCAGAUGGACUCUGAAGGUCCAGCCAGCCCCUGCGCGUCAAAAAUAAAACUGCCACCGCAUCUGUGCCGUUUUCUUCUCUGUCACAAGGAGCUGUGCUACAGAUAAUGUGGACGCUGUGACCGUGUUCUACCCAGUCUAUCCAGAUAGGUUCAUUGGGAAGAACAUCGUUUGUUCCUAUGUAAAAUAUCGACCCCACUGCCAGUUGCCAUUCUGCCCACACGCAUCAUUCCCUUGGGUCUCAGGCUCUUUCAGCCUUUUAGAGACUUCUGCUAAGAUACCUGUACCCUUGGGAAAGGGAAUAUUUGAGUCUGCACUAUUAGCUGGUACCUGAGCGGGAGUCCACACGUUAAACUGAGGCUUCUCAUAAAGUCACCCAAUAGAGACAUCGCGGGCCUGGAGUUGAGGGACAGCAAUCAGAUGUCCCUUGGCCAUGGCACAGUUCCUGUAACUGCAACCCUAGACUGGCCUGACCCAGCUGCUGCAGGAAGGGGAAGGGAAGAGGAAGGGGGUUAGCACCCACAGCAAGGCUAUUUCACAACCCUUGGGGCCCCAGCCUUGGGGGAUCCACCCUGGUUCUGAAGAGUUUUCUGGGUGUCUGAUUCUUUGCUUUCCUGCCUCAUCCCCUGCUUUCCAGCUCUGGGCCUUCCCAGCUCCCCAAUGUCAAUACUGAGACCCCAGAUGUGUCCAGAGACACCCUGAAGAGGCUGAGGGGCUGAGGAGCCCGAGGGCACCCACAGGGAGAUUCCUGAAGCUGACUCAGAGCCAUAGAGGAUUUGCCUGUUCUUUGAGCAUCCUCCAGUUCCUUGCCCCCUUGGAUCCCUGUUGCUAUGGAGACCACCAACGGGACUGAGACCUGGUAUGAGAGCCUGCAUGCAGUGCUGAAGGCUCUAAAUGCCACUCUUCACAGCAACUUGCUCUGCCGGGCAGGGCCUGACAACCUGCCUAAGGAGCGGCAGGCCAGCCUACCUGGCCGUGAUGACAACUCCUACAUGUACAUUCUCUUCGUCAUGUUUCUAUUUGCUGUCACCGUGGGCAGCCUCAUCCUGGGAUAUACCCGCUCCCGCAAAGUGGACAAGCGCAGUGACCCCUAUCACGUGUACAUCAAGAACCGUGUGUCUAUGAUCUGACCCUAGGGGGCUGGGAAUGGCAGCAUAUCAAGACACCAGAACUCAGUUAUGGACCACACCAGGCCUCAGUGUCCCCAUCUGUAGGAGCAACAAGAAACAGUCCUAAGGGAGGUCAUCAUUAGGGUGGGAGGAGAAGGGCUGGCAGACCAGGGCCUUGUGGAUGAAGAUUUUUUUUUCCAGUAAAGGUAGACUUUCUAGACAGUGGGAGCCCCAUGAACAAAUAUAUAGAAGUAGCAAAAGAUAAUAACCAAUGACUGGCCCAGUGGCUGGAGUACUGGGGGCUAGAGGCUGGAGGAAAGAGAAAAGGAAGUUGUAGCAGAGGGAGAUGAAACAGGAAGAUGCCCUGAGGACACAUGUCUUUUAAAGAUUUUAUUUAUUUAUUUGAAAGAGAGAGAGAGUACGCAUGAGCACAAGCAGGGGGAGAGGCAGAG